AUCUCCUCUCGCUCCUCGGCUACGCGGUCGGCCUAGGCAAUAUUUGGAGGUUCCCAUACCUGUGCAUGAGGAACGGAGGCGGUGCUUUUCUGAUCCCUUACUGUUUAGCGAUGGUUGUCAUUGGAUUUCCCACCUUUUUCCUCGAAGUCGUCAUAGGCCAGUUUUCCGGCCUCAGCCCAUCUAUGGUCUGGAAUGUCAUCCCGCUAUUCAAAGGAAUCGGCUGGGGCAUGACCGUCGCCAUACUGGUCGUCUCUGUCCUAUACGGCCAUCUCGUCACCUGGAUCCUCUACUACCUCGCCAUGUCCUUCUCCGCCGAGCUUCCCUGGACGAGCUGCAACAAUACUUGGAAUACGGAAAACUGCAUUAUUCGGCAGCUUAAUGCAUCUUUCAAUGCAACAAUAAAAGCAGAUGUCUUGGUGAACGGGUCAGACUCCUUGAAUUUUACAGAUUCGCGUGUGUCUCCUGGAGAAGAAUUUUUACGGAACAACGUUCUUGAGCUGACAGACGAUGCCACCGAUCUCGGAGGCCUCAGAUGGCAACUUGUCGUAUGUCAUUUGGUGGGCUGGUCAACUGCAGGUCUUUGUGUCAUUAAGGGGAUCAAGUCGGUUGGGAAGGUUGUGUAUGUUACCUCCAUUGCUCCCUAUAUUUUACUGACCAUACUCCUUAUCAGAGGGUGCCUACUCCCGGGAGCUGUAGAUGGUAUAAUGUAUUUCAUCAAGCCAGACUUCAGCAAGCUGUUGGAGUUCAGGAUCUGGAUCGAAGCUGCCAUUCAGAUAUUUUAUUCCAUCGGAGCAUUCGGAGGCGGAAAUAUCAUGUUUGCAAGUUACAGCAAGUUUCAUAACAACUGCCAGAGGGACACCAUUCUUAUCGUGAUAAUUAAUUGCCUGACGAGCAUUUACGGUGGAUUCGCCGUAUUCGCUGUUGUCGGUCACAUGGCCCAUAGGACGGGGAUACCUGUUGACAAAGUCCUCAAGUCAGGGCCAGGCCUGGCUUUCAUCGUCUACCCCGAAGCCUUGUCCAAGCUUCCUCUGCCGCAGCUCUGGAGUGUUCUCUUCUUUCUCAUGUUGACGACACUUGCGAUUGGAACGCAGAUCGGGCAUUUCCAGACAGUAGUCUCCUGUGUGACGGAUGCGUUUCCGCAUCUUCGAAGCAAACGCAUUUGGAUAUUACUAGCACAUGUUCUCUUUGGUUCCAUGUUUGGGUUGAUAUUUUGUUCUCGGGGUGGGAUGUACUGGUUCCAGCUAGUAGACUGGUAUGGAAUAACGACGGGAACAUUUGUGAUGAUGAUACUAGGUACCCUUGGUCUGUCGUGGCUGUACGGUUUAAAUCGCCUCUACAAAGACACUGAAAUGAUGAUUGGAAAGAAACCCUUCUUUGUUUUUAAAAUUUUCUGGGGUGUUUUGACGCCAGCCUAUACACUAACCAUUUUUAUCUAUAUAUUGUCGGGGUUCAGUAGACCAACGUACGGGAGUUACGUGUACCCAAACUGGGCCAUUGUCAUCGCCUGCCUCAUCCCCAUGGCUAGUAUCAUCCAACUGCCUGCAUUUGCUGUGGUGGGAAUAGUCAGGGAAAAAGGAAGACUUCUAAAGCGUCUGCGAGUGCUCACCAGUCCGAACAAAAUCUGGGGCCCGCAAGCAUCAGCGUAUUAUGAAGGGCAUCCGUGGACGAAACAAGAUGGACUGAAGGAGACUCUACCUCUGGCUGCUGUGGCAGAGAACGGCACUUUCAUGAAACCUCAGCCAUUUGUGUGAUGAGCUUUUCGCCAGAACCAGUAUGAUGAAAUAAACAACUGUUCGAUAAGAUAUUGAACUUUGCAUAAAAAGUGUCCAAGUAUAAAUUGGAAUUGCUAUCGGAAAAUAUCCACUGUACAACCACAGGUUUCUUUUACUUUCUUGCCAGUCCUGUACCUUUGCAAUUGUACAUGUAUCU